AUGUUAUGGAGACUAGAUUUUCUACAUGCAAAGAACUUUAUUCAUCGGGAUAUAAAACCUGACAACUUCCUGAUGGGUAUUGGUCGUCACUGCAACAAAGUCUUACUUAUUGAUUUUGGUUUGGCUAAAAAGUUUCGAGACCACAGAACACGCCGGCAUAUUUCAUAUAGGGAAGACAAGUCUCUUAUUGGAACAGCACGAUAUGCUAGUCUAAACUCACACGCUGGUAUCGAACAAUCACGAAGGGACGAUAUGGAGUCCUUGGGCUAUGUCUUAAUGUAUUUCCUUCGGGGCAGUCUUCCAUGGCAAGGAUUACGAGUGAGUGAACAAUCCCUUUUUUAUCAGUAG